AUGUUGCUGCCGCUGCUUCUGCUGCCUCUGCUCUUCCUAUUGGUGUCGCCGGCCCAGUCCCCGCCACCCGAGCUGGACCCCUACUCGGCCUCAGAGGAGCCCGACGAGAUGGACCCAGAGCCCGCUGAAGGAGGAGGAGGACCUUGGCGCGGAACCGAGGCACUGAUUGAUUUCCCGCCGAGGGGACGCAGGAGGAAGCGGGAGCUGGCGUUCCUCGAACAUGCGCCCCACCGGCGUGGCGCCCGGUUUCCCCGCAGUGGCGCCGCCGGAGGAGUGCGAUUGCCCCGAGACACUGGCCAAGGGGACAAUGGUGGCCAUUGUGUCCGUCUUGGCCUUCCUGGGCUUCUUCUCGACCUCCGUCUUGCUAGUGGUGGCCAUCUGCCUGCUGCGCAUGGUGGACCGCCAGCGGAAAUCGGGGAAGGACGCCAACGGCGCCAGCAUAGCCAAAAGACCCCUCCCUCCACUGCCGCGUACCCCGGACGGGGCCUACCUGAGCCCGGACGAGUUGAACCCGGGUCCCAGAGUCCACCAGGUGCCGACUUACCAGAAGAUGGGCGUCUACCAAGCCGCCGGGUCUCAGUCACCGAGGAGCAAGGCUGUUCCGGAGAGCGAAUACAUCACCGUCAAUCCGGCGCCGGGUUUUUCCAGCCCUGCUCCGGAGAAGACGUAUUCUGGGGCCGGAAAGAUCCGCCCCGGCGCCGAGGGCGAAAUCUACGGCACCCCAGAGGGGACAAAGCCGGAGCGAUCAGGCCAAGCUUCCCCGAUUGCCGAGACACCAGUUUCCGGGCGGGAAAAUCACAUUUACGAGGAAGUGGAAUGAGAGGGCGCCUAUGGAGAUGGACGUAUUUUUCGACAGGGCCUGGAGGGCACCGCUUGGGGAACGGCCUGGGGCUCCGAAUAAAGCUCCACUUUUAUCUCUUAUGUUUGUCCCGUGUCUUAAUAAUUUUUUUUUAAUUUAAAAUAAACUUUAUUUCAUUUAAAAGCACAUACAAAAACAAAACA